AUGGCGGACAAAGCGGCCGGCCCAAAGGUGGGCUUCAACAAGAGGAAUCCAAGUUUGUGCAGGACUUGCCGAAAAGUGAAUUUCAAUUCACUUUUCAGGUCUCAUGACUGUUCGAUAACGUCGUGGCCCAACAAUAAAGUCACGAUCAGAUCACACCAGCCAGAGUGUCCUUGCGGGUAUGAAUUCAUAUCUCGAACAAAUCGAUUCAAAGGCUUGCUGGGCAAGUUGGAUAGCCAUGCACCGACUUGUUCACUCUGUGCUUUUCUGUAUCAGUGUCAAGUCCGCUUGGAUCUGGUUCCAACAAAACAAGAACGAUGGUACUGCAUAGUAAUGCCGCACCUUUCACUGGAAGGAAUUACGCUACAGGCACCGGGCAGUAUGGGGGCCCUCAUGUCUCAUGGUGCACAAGAUGUUGCGGCUUUGCACUUGCGAAAACUCCAAAAGGGAAGAAUGGGCAGAGUGAUUGGAAGCUCGCCUACCCCGCAGCUGAUUUUGCGUAUGGUUGACAAUGGCAGCAACACCUUGACCCGAGGUAAAGGCUCUGGCAGUGGCCUUCUAGGAAGGAAGCUGGAUCCUGACAGGUUUAACUUUAAUCUUAUCGGCAAGUGGCUGAAACUCUGCCAAUCGACACAUUCACAAUGCGAAGAAGUGGACGCGGACUUUAUAGCCGGUCUUCUGGUCAUUGACUGCACCACGGGCUGGAUUAUCCCUCUCCCUCCCAGAGAGAAUGACGCCAAUCGGAUGGCAAGCUUUGUUACACUCAGCUAUCUCUGGGGAACGGCUGGGACGGUUAACGGACCAGUUGUUCAAUCAAUGAACCGCAAUGGCGUGAGCGGUCCUGCUCUCCCCUCUGAGAUACCCCUAGACAUCAGUGACGCGAUGCGGGUCGUCAGCCAACUAGGAUACCGAUACCUAUGGGUAGAUAGAUACUGUAUCCCACAAGACGACGAAGUCGCCAAGCAAAUACAGAUUCUGAAUAUGGGCAGAAUUUAUUCUACUUCCACUCUGACAAUCAUAGCAGCAGCUGGAGAAGGGCCGGAAUAUGGACUUCCCGGGGUUAGCUCGCGAUCUCGUACUCCGCAGCUGGGAGUCAAAAUCAGCGACGAGAUCUCUCUAGUGCUAUACGAAGCUCCGAUGGAUACUAUCGCCAACUCCAAAUGGAACACUCGAGGCUGGACAUACCAGGAAGGGCUGUUGUCCAAGCGUAGGCUCGUCUUCACGGAUCUUAUGGUUUACUUUCAGUGCCAGGAGAUGCAUGGCGAUGAAGUGCUGUCCCUUCCAAUUCCCGGUCCAGGAGAGGAGUUUGAUGAGGUUCGUGCUUUGUCCUUUGGUGGCUUGACGCACCAUCAAGGGACUAAGCUGCGGAUGGUGUUUCCGCGAACCAGCGAGUGGCACAAUCCUUUGACGGUCUGGGAGAGGUUGGGUGAAUACGGGUUGAGGGACCUUGGCUACGACACUGAUGCUUUGAAUGCCAUUGCCGGCGUGAUGGAAAUGUACGCGCACGCAGCUGGAGCCUCAGUGUUCAAAUUGUUUUGUGGUUUACCUAUUCUGCCACUUCGUUCAUGGGAGAAACAUGGGACUUUUCCUUGCGGCAAGACACGGGCGUGCUCUUUCGGCACAUGGUUUGAGUAUGCAGAUCCACAUGAAGGAGCAUCGAAGGCUCAGGAAAUCGGCGAGAAUGACCUUACUUACAGUUUGGUUUACAGUCUUACAUGGAGGCACUGGUGGGGCAACCGUGGUGGGUUACACUUAGAACAGGCCCGAAGGUCGAUAUUUGGCAGCUGGACAGUGGCUGGUUGGAGAACCCCAAAAUAUCAACCUGGUUGCAUCUCCAUUUUUGACAGUUGCCUGAGGAUUGGCGUACAAUUCAGUGGCGAUGAGUUACUGGACUGGGAGGAUGACAACCCGAGAAUUCUCGGUCUGUCACGCAACGGAAAGACACCUCUCAGCCUUAAUAUUAGGGGAACGGUUAUGGAUGUGAGAAUGGAGUGGAAGAGACGUCAGAUGGAUAAUGAACCGAAGGAGUGGAAAGAAGGAUGGUUAUUUACAUCGCCUUUCGAAUGGCAUAGGGAUGUUUUUGAAUCGCCCCGAUGGCUAUUCCAAGAGGAUGAAUCUGGCAAAGAAAGAGAAAUCGGAUUUCUCCUGCUGAUUGUAGGAUGCAAUUACCACCCCGCUAUGCCCGAUCAAAGAAUCGUGGGAAUGAUACUCCGGCCGGUAACAAGGAUGUUGGAUGGGCGGACUCAUACAUUCUACGAAAGAUUGUACUGCGAUAAGUUCGAGCUGCCUGCAGAGAAAUGGCCACAAAUGGCGAGCCUGACGAGGGAGAUGGAGGUGCGAGUGAUAUAG